AUGAUGCAAGAGUUUCACUCUCAGGGUAUAACGAUACAACAAAUCGAGGAGGUUCUGAAAAGGGCUCCAGUGCUACCCGGGAUCGUUACAGCCAUUAAAGCUGCACACUCUCUUGGGUGUGAAUUGAGAAUUUUAAGUGAUGCGAAUGUAUUCUACAUCGACACGAUCCUGAAACAUCUUGGGGUGAUGGAUUACUUCUCAGAGAUUAACACAAACCCAACUUUCGUCAAUGAAGAAGGCAGGCUCAGGAUCAGUCCUUACCAUGAUUUCACCUCCUCUCCUCAUGGCUGCAAUCUCUGCCCCCCUAACAUGUGCAAGAGUAGGGUGAUGGAGAGGAUGCAAGCUUCAACAUUUGCAGGGGGGAAGAAACGAUUCAUCUACAUUGGAGAUGGAAAGGGUGAUUACUGCCCAAUUCUGAAGCUUGGCGAAGGAGACAGAGUGAUGCCAAGGAAGAACUUCCCACUCUGGGAGCUGAUUUGCAGUAACCCCUUGCUUAUCAAGCCACAGGUCCAUGAAUGGAGUGAUGGAGAGGAUCUUGAAAGGGUACUUCUGCACUUGAUCAACAUGAUCACCAGAGAGGAAAACAGCAAAACUAACUCGGCACAGUUGAUUCCAGGUGAUUGCAAGCUUGAGACCAUACCGAUCUCUACCCAUGAAGCCUUCCACAAAUCUGUCCAAGUUCCUCUCUAGUCUUCUCAUUAGUCAAAGUAACUAAUUGAAAG